AUCAGGAAUGUGUACAGUAUAGUUUAUGUACAUGCUACGAGUACGAGCGGAAAGGACCGCGGAAGUCACCUCAACUGAUUGUUUUCGAAGAUUUACUAUGUUUUUAAGUGUAUACAAACACUUGUGAAUCACCCUAUAGCCUGUAACUAACGACAGAGCAUUUUUUUUAUAAAAGGACAAGUGAAAGUUUUUUUUCUAUCGUGAAUGAUUGGUGUUGAUCCAGUGACUUGCGUUUCAACGACUGCGUUAGAGAGAGAGGGCUAGAAAAAAAGCAUAAAAACGGGGUUGAGAGCUCGGUAGGCGUUGCUGCUGUCACUUGGCUUCUUUGGUUUUAUGAAGCCAGUGGAUAUAAACAUGUUGGUUUUCUACAACUUCUAGUUUGUCUGGGCUACUUGGAUUCUUGGUCACCAUGUCAUUCACUGUCAACUGAUCCACUGAAUUCGCCACAGCCCCAGUUUACACAGUCAUGUGAUGAUACAUUCGAUUCCUCCUUGAAUUCUCCAAAUAACAAGUUGCAUUGAUUGUGUUUGCCUCGGAAAGGAAAAAUGUUCACGAAAAAGAAGAAGAAACCCCAGAUUUCUACCCCCACAAAUUUCGAACACCGAGUGCACACCGGCUUCGACAAACGUGAGGGCAAAUUUGUUGGUUUACCGCUGCAAUGGGCAUCAAUUGUUGGUAAUAAUCAGAUACUCAAGUCAACAAAUAGACCACUACCUCUUGUUGAUCCCAGUGAAAUUACACCGACGGAGAUAUUGGACUUGAAAACGAUUGUCCGGGGUCAUAAUGAUCCAAGACUUCCAACGGGGAGAGCGGUUGUCGGCGAAAAAGGGGAAAAUGGUUUGCCUAAAACGAGCACCGUCGCGAGGUCCAACUCAUUGAGGUCUUCUAGUCCACCUCGACUUAGGCGCGAUUACAGAACUAAUACGAAUUUACCUCCAUCAGUGCCUGAGGGUCAUGAAAUGUCACCAUCUCCCAGCAACUACCAUCAGCUAUACCCAUCAUCCGAUACUGGAAAGAAUCAUGGAGUUUCUGAUAAGAUUCGCCAGAAUACGGAGAACGUUGGAGCUGGACUCAAUUCAAAUUUGCACAAUAUCAUUCCCAAUCUGCAGAACAUGAAUCCGAACAUGCAGUCCUCUCCGAACCUGACUCACUCCAAUCUCAAUGCACCUAAUCUAUCAAUCAAUUUCCAAAAUCUGAGUCCAAUUCCAAAUAAUCAGAAUUCUGGAAAUAGUGUUCAACAGAGUAUGCAGGAGAACGACUUCCAGAGGAUGAAUCCGUCGUCAUCGAUGAAUCUACCAGGUCAUUGGAAUAAUGGGAAUAAUCAGGGUGGAUCUGCAGACAUGAUGCUGCAUAAAAUUCCUACAAAAGCAUCACCAGUUGGUUCAAUCGCAUCUCAGCGUCCUCUAAGCCAACUGAGCUCCCACUACGGUAAUAAACCUACACAAGGUCCUCAAAAUUCGUAUGGCCUAUCUGAAAGUGCUACAACAUCACCGGCAGCCGUUCCAACUGCUGUAAACCCGCCUCAGCAUGGGCAUUUUGGAAAACCACUGGAAACAGCUCAAUCACAAUCAAUGCAUAAUCUGUCCAAGGUGACGGCAGGGCCAGGAAUAAGUCCUGACCAAAAUCAAAAUUUGAAGUCAGCAGCUUCUUCCGGAAAUAUAUCAAUCAGUCAACACAUGAACUCACAGAAUAAACAAAAUGCAGAUCAAAGACUCACUCACGAGCAAUUCAGAACAGCUCUGCAAAUGGUAGUAAGUCGUGGAGACCCACGAGAUAAUUUGGAUAAUUUUUUGAAAAUAGGGGAAGGCAGUACUGGUACAGUUUGCAUAGCAACGGAUAAAAAAACGAAUCGCCAAGUGGCAGUAAAGAAAAUGGAUCUUAGAAAACAACAGAGACGUGAAUUGCUAUUCAAUGAAGUUGUUAUAAUGCGGGACUAUCAUCACCCAAACAUUGUUGAGAUGUAUGACAGCUUUCUAGUUGAUGAUGAACUUUGGGUAGUGAUGGAGUACUUGGAAGGUGGUGCUCUGACGGAUAUUGUGACUCAUUCUCGCAUGGACGAAAGCCAAAUAGCAACUGUUUGUUCCCAGUGCCUCAAACCACUUGCCUAUCUCCAUUCCCAAGGAGUUAUUCACAGGGAUAUAAAAUCCGAUUCGAUAUUGCUCACUGCUGAUGGCAGAGUUAAAUUAUCAGACUUUGGAUUUUGCGCUCAAGUGUCUCAAGAGCUACCGAAGAGAAAAUCACUAGUUGGUACACCUUACUGGAUGAGCCCUGAAGUUAUCUCGAGAUUGCCUUAUGGGCCUGAGGUAGAUAUAUGGUCUCUGGGAAUUAUGAUUAUUGAGAUGGUGGAUGGAGAGCCACCGUUUUUCAAUGAACCACCGUUGCAGGCUAUGAGACGCAUCCGAGAUAUGCCACCACCAAAAUUGAAAAAUUCUCAUAAGGUGAGUCCAAGGCUCCAAGGCUUCCUCGAGAGAAUGCUGGUACGUGAUCCAGCACAACGUGCCACUGCAGCGGAAUUAUUGCAGCAUCCAUUCUUACGACAAGCACAGAAUCCAACAAUUCUGAUACCCCUUAUGCGGGGUGCUCGACAUACCAACUGUUGAUACACUCGACAUCUGCAUAAUCAUAAAAGAGGAAUCGAUUAGAUAUUCACGAGUGGAUAAACACAGAUCAUUAUUAUCCAAAUUGCAGUUGAAAAAUCUUUGACAUUAUAGUGACAGCACGCCAUAGCCUUGUGCUAUUUGCUCAUGAACAAGUGUACAGUAACUCUAGAAUUUCCACUUUUUGAUAUCUGGACUCUAUACAGUCCAGUCUCCGUACAAGAUACUAGGACUAAAUCCGUGUCGAGUGAUACCCCCAUUUUCUGGUGUGAAUGUUUUUUAUUUCGUAUUUUCCGUACAAGACACUCGACAAAGGGGCUAGAAUUGAGUGGGAAUAGAGUUGAGAUAUUGCCGAAAUUACUGCAAAUGUGUGCAUCUAUGAUUUAGAACUUGAGGCAUUUCGUGCGAAAAAGGUAAAUAAUGACAUUCAUCUGCAAUUCAUAUAGAAUGUUUAUAAUCACAAUUGAAUUGUCUAUGAAUUUUCAUAGAUUUUUUUUAGAUUUCCUUUUCAAAUUAUUAAUCUUAGUUGUUUGAUGUAUUGACUAUUGAUCUUGGUCGUUUUUUUUUGUUUUUAUAAUCUGAAAUGAUCUCCAAUUGCUAUUCAGUUUUACAUAGCUCUGGAGUCUCCACAAACUAUAAUUGUACAAUCAAAGAAACGUUAAAAAAAAUUGGAAAAUUUUUAAGAGCGUUUUUGAAUAAUAUUGGGAACCCAAUAGGGAGUAAAUUGCAAAUUAAUAAUUUAAUGUAUCUAAUGGCUGUUAAGUCGUCAUUUAUCACAGUCAAUGACUGUCAAAUCGUUAGUUACCAUGAUAAAUUAUCCAUUCACUAUUUCCUCUCUAUCCGCCUGAUUUCUUAAUCUUUAUUAAAACCACUCUUUGAAAAUGUCAAGUUUUUUUCUCUACUUUUUUUUAUUGCACAAUCAUAAUCUUUAGGGACUCCUGCAUCAUGUAAAAUCCAAUGGAUAUUGUAAUAUAUUUCUUACAUUAUGAAGAUGGCAAAAUACUCGAGAUAACGUUAGAAAGAUAAUCCACCCAGGCCCUAAAGUCUCUGCUUAUACAUGGGCUCUAAUGAAGAUUUUUCUGUUUAGCAUGAAACUAUAUUAUCAGCUCAGAUAGUAACGCAGUUUCGUGCUAAACAAAAAAAAAUCCAUAAGAGCUCAUGUAUAAGAAGCGAAUUCAAUCGCUAAUAACUUGAAAAGGAAAUCUGAAAAAAAUCUAGGAAAAUUCAUAGAUAAUUCAAUUGUGAUUAUAAAUAUUCUAUAUGAAUUCCAGAUGAAAUGUAAUUAUUUACCUUUUUUGCACACAACACCUUAACUGCAGAUUAAUUGAAUUUCAAAACAAAUGGACACUCAUCACAGUUAAUAAAAAAGAAUUAAACGCAUCGGUCAUAGAAUGGUAAAAUAUCUAUUUUUUACACGCAUUGCACCAUGUGUAGAGUUGGACAAAAAA